AUGUUUUCAAAUUAUCAAUUGAUAUUGAUAUUAGAUAUGGUCAAAAUCAUGCUCAGAAGUUUCAUAUUUGAAUUAGGAGCUCCAAAGACGGAUCUCGCUCCAUCCUAAAAGUAGGCUUGAGCCGGCACUGACCUGCUGUACCUAUACACCUAUACCUAAACUUUUUUGACAUAGCGUGACUAGUGUCAUACCACAAAUAUACAAAUAGUUUAAAAAUCUCGCAAAUAAAAUGCAAUAUGAUAUGGAUAGGCCCCAUGGCUUUCGAGCAGGUCAAAGGUUUAGAAAAAGGAAAAAAGAUUCUACCAAACCCAUGCAUCAAUUGUUGGACGAAAUCGAACUGACCCAACUUCACCAAUUGUUUGAAAAAGAAGAAGGAAGAAGAAUGACCAAAGAUAAACUAAUAAAUAAUUUAUCGACAGUAGCCAGAAUAGAAUACCCGAAGGAGGUAAUGGACAGCGAAUUUUUGAGAAUGAAUGCUACAUGCAACGGAUUUGUAACAUGGGAUGAAUUUAUUUCCUACUUGAUCCUUGGUUUCGAGCAACAAGAAGUGAGCACCGAAUAUAAAUCACUCGAUGCUCCAAUCCCAACAGGCCCUACGAUGAUCAAAAGCCAUCACAGACAUCCAAUCAAUCGGGUAACAUUUUAUCCUACAGUCAAGCCAGAUAGAAGUCAUAACUUUCAUAAUGGCAGCAUAAUGACUUGCAGUCGUGACGGUAUAAUAAACUACUGGACCUUGGACAUGACGUUGGAAAGACAAGUGGUAUCCACUUGUCCCAAAUUGAAAAUCAAAAGUACUUGGGUAACUGAUUUAGUUGUUUUGCCAGACGUUAGCGUGAUUUGUACGUCUUCUAGUGAGCGGGAUUUGAGAUUCUAUGAUACGUCAGCAAGAAAAUUCGAACUAAGAGUCAUAAUGAGUUUCUUAAACUACGCCGUGACUACAAUGUAUUAUAAAUUCUAUCAAGAUGAAGAAAUAGAAUCUAAACUGGUGUUGGGAGACAUGGGAGGCGGUGUAACCAUAUUAUAUAUAAAUACCCUUGGUAGAGGACCAUUCAAAUCCCAACCUGGAAUACUUUUGCUCGACGUCAAGUGGUCGCAGGUCGCUUCAGGAUCCGUUAAACAUUUCUCGGUCAAAUACUAUCCACACGUUCACAACGACUUUGUCCGGCAAGUGUCUUUUUAUUCCACUUUGCACUGCGUGGUAUCGUGCGCUCAGUGCCCUAAACAAGGAUUUUUAAUGACUGAUAUUAUUGACAGUAGUACUGUAUACAACUAUAAAAUUACUGCUGGAGUUUGGUGCUUUUCAUUCGAUGAAGAAAUUCACAUUGUAGCAACAGGCGGUCCCGAUUGUUUAAUAAGAAUAUGGAACCCGUUCGUACCAAACAGACCCACCAGUGUUUUUUACGGCCAUCACGCUGGCAUAGUCCAACUAGUAUUCCAAGAUAUGGGAAAAAUGUUAUACAGUCUGUCCAAAGACAAAUGCAUCAAAGUUUGGGACAUACCGAUGCACGAUUGCGUACAAACUUAUUUGGACUUGCCCGCAAAGCUUGGCGAAAGAAGCGAUUUGAAUGCAUUGUAUAAUCCGGAAUCCAGGCAAUUGAUUAUCGGCAGUGUUAUGAUAGCGAUUAUACCGUUGAGUCCGAAACAGAGCAGCGAACAUACGGAUGGAAAUACACAUUCGAGUGGGAUAUCGGUUGUUUUAUAUAACAAGUUAUUCAAGCUGCUCAUUACAUGUGGCUUAGACAGUUACAUAAUCGUAUGGAAUCCAUUUGACGGUAGACGUUUGCUGGUAAUAAAAGAAUGUCAUACAAGAAUGUUGUAUGGAGAGAGUAUAAGCGUUGAAAUAACCGCUGCUACAUUCGAUCCUGGAUAUCAACGAUUAUUAACAGGUGCUCAUGAUGGUACAUUAAAAAUAUGGAACUUCAAUACUGGCACGUGUUUGAGAAAUAUGAACAUAGAAACUUGGUGCGAGGUUCAAUGUGUAAUUUGGGUAAAAGGUAGAAUUUUGGCUAUGGGAUGGAACAAAAGAGUGACCGAAUUUGCGGAUACAGGGGAAGCUGUUGGUCCAGAGGGGGCUUUCAGCAAAAAUUGGGACUUGAGACAUACUGAGGAUAUUAGUGCGGGAGCCGUUCGGACUUACGAAACAUUAGCUACAAGCUCAUACGCGGGUGAACUUUUGCUCUGGCGAUUGGAAACCGGUCAACCCUACAAGAAGUUUCUAGUUUCUCAACCUACUGAACGCAUCAAAAUUCAUUUCACUGUCGAGAAAAGUCGAGAUAAACGAGAAGGGUCUAUAAGUUCAACGCAUUAUUCAGAUGGAAGAAGAGCAUCAGGAAGAUCAACAAGAGCAUCACUGUACAGCAGUAGAUUCACUUCCCAGGCUAAACGGCAAACAUUAAGACCGUCUGCUGAAAAAACACUUUUCGGACCAAAAAUAAUGGGUCGAAAGGGACGCCUUUCAAUAAUCCAAAUGCCAGAAGAGUGUUUCAAUUUGCGAAGAUUAGCGGUCCAUUGUUUGCUGUUUCUUUGUGCUAGGAAAACUCACCCGCAAGUGGGCACACUUUUGGUGGCUUUAGAAAAUGGCGUUAUUCAAGUCUGGAAUCAUCACAUUUCUGGUGGUUUCAUCACCUCGUUUUCGGCGGUACAUAAAUCUGGCGAUUACGUUAUCGCGAUGACUUCUGAUGAAAAAAAUGAAUUUUUAUUUAUAGGUACAACAGCUGGUUACAUCAAAACCUGGCUCAUGAAAAAUUUUUGCGUUUUGCCCGAAGAAAAAGAACACAUUUGCAUGCCAAAAUAUAGACUGCAAUUCCCGUUUAUGUGGGGCGACAGGUUUGUAGGUAGAGCCAAAAGAAUGAUACAAGGACAAGCUUUACCUAUUUUAUUGAAUAGCUACAAAGGUCAUUUCAUGCCAGUGUCCGAAUUAGCAUAUAUUGAAGAAUGCCAAAUUUUAGUAAGUUGUAGUGCAGAUUUUAGCGCAAGAAUGUGGACUCUAAGCGGUAGAUACAUUCAAACUAUUGGCACCUUCAAAGAAUGGAAAAGCCUCGAUCCAAAAGGAAAAUGUUUCGAAGACUUUGAUUAUACAAUUCCGCCUGACAUAAGAAGAAUUGCCAGUUCCACUACGCUACGGGUAUUAAUGGGUGGCUCAUUUGCUAAAAGACUUACCAUCAAACAAUUGCAAAGGCAAGCUCAGAGCGAUCUUAUUCAUAUUGAUCACAAGAAAAUAUUUGGGAGUCGUAAAUCGGAUCCUAUACUUGGUCAAUAUUAUGAUAUACCCCAGAGGACUACUAGUCCUAAAGAUGUGACGUUUGAUACAACUUUCUCAUACAUUCCCGUUUACCAACAUCUUCGUAUGCCAGCGCCCGUUUCAGUUAAAAUUCCUACAGCACCCUCAAUAAGGCGAUCAGAUGAAACAUUCAAAUCGGGUAAUAGCCGAAGAGGAUCUAAACCGAAACCGACAGGCCACAUUGAAAAAAAAGAAUUGAAAACAAUAAAAUAUUAUUAAAUUUUAUAUAUAUAUAUAUAUAUACAUGUAUAGGUAUUUAAUCAUUUGCUGUAUAUAUGCCUAUACGAUUUUAACAAAAAUAAAUAAAAUUCUGAUACAUUUUUAUCAAACAACAAUAAUAAUUAAUCAUUGAGCGAAUUUGCUACUAAAUUUUUAAGCAAUACUCUUUUACCAAAUAGUGUCCUAUGGAACAUUGUUACAAUUUAAUUGACUUUGAGUGAGAUGAGAUGACUAUUGAAUAUUUUUCUUUCUAAGAGUACCUAUAAUAAUUAGGGUAAUAUAAAGCACAAGACUAUAUUGCCUAUUAUGAAUCUACUGAAGGAGUUUUGAAAUGACUGUUGUCUGUCUAGCUUUAUAAUUUUUGAGUGGAGAAUUUCAUGGGAGUUAUACCAGAGAUGGUUUUUAGAAAUAGUUAAAAUGUUAUCUUAAUGGGUUUUACAAACAUAUGACGAUUCUGGGAACGAUAACUAAUCUAGUCGAGAAUUAAGGGAUAGCACUUAAAGCAAAAAAUGUAUCAAAUUUUAUAGUUUCAAGUCAAAUAUAAGCCAAAAUUGACAAAUGUAUUAGACAAAAUUAUUUGUUCUCCUAGAUAAACACCAAAUGUGAUUCUAAUCUGUAGCUGCACCAAAUCAUGACAUAUGUUUGUAAUAAAGUAUAGAACGUAAUUCCCAACGUUUUAUGACGAAUCCAGAUGUCAGAGAACUGAUACUGAACAAUGAUUACGGAAACCAGAUUUUCCAAGAUACAAUAACAAAAAAUUCUAUAGUAAUAGGAGAAUCAAGGGUGAAAUGAAAACUGUAGGAAUUAAAUGUUAUUAACAAAUAAGAUAAUAAAGGAGAUAGUUAACUACUCAAUUAUUU